AUGCCUUUGAAAAGAACGCCAUUCUCAUUCAUUUCUGAUAGAAGUACGAACAUAAAAAAUGGAAAUAACAACGGCGAUGUGACGGCUGUGAACAGACAAAACUCAUACGAGCAUAUAAAGGAAUUUAACAUAAGCGAGUUGGGGAACUUUAAAAUAAUUAAGGUGUUACUGAGGGGCCUCUCCAGCACCGUGUGUUUGUGUGAAUGGAUAAUUGACUGCAGAAAGACGUUCGUUUUGAAAAAUUAUGUUAAGUAUAUAAAUAAUGAUAUUCUAAGUUGGAACAUAAAAAUUGAUGAAUCAAAUGAGACCGACACGGGGAAUAGCAGUUUGGAAACGGAAGCAACGAUAAGCAUUUGCCCGUGUUGCGAAAGGGGAGUUACUACGGAGGAGGAACUGCAUUGCCAGGCAUAUAUGGAAAAAGAAGAACCAAAUGGGAAGGAACAGUUAAGACAGUGCGGCAAUCAUGCUAUAGACGAGGGGGAAGAAGGGAACGAAGUGGAAAAAGCGGAAGAAAAAGCGGAGGGAGGAUUCCCCCUCCAGUUUAUCAGCCGACAAAGACAAAAUGACAACGCGGAUGGUCAUACGAAGGGGGAAAGUAAGCAGAAGCACCACUGGCACGACAUUAGACAUGAAACGAAUGAACAGAAAACGCUGCAUUUAGUUUUAAAAGUAAAGCACAAAGAAUUGUAUUACAAACUCAGAGACAUAGAAGAACUAAGAGAGGAAAUAGGAAUACACAAAAAAUUGAAACAUUGUAAUAUUUUACAAAUGAUAUUAAGUGCAGAAGAUGAAAACGACAUCUGGGUACUUCUAGAAUAUUCGUCCAUUGGAGAUUUAUACUCCUAUGUUGGUUUUAAGAUUCUAGACGAAGCGGAGGUGAAAAUAAUUGUCAGCCAAAUUUUGUCUGCUCUUUAUUAUCUUCACAUUAAGGGAAUCAUACAUUGCGAUAUAAAGCCACAGAACUUGCUUCUCUUCCACUUGGAAGAGUCUUUCCUUUUUGAGUCGGAUAUUCUGUCCGACCUGGAAUUGUCACGCAAUGUUAAGGGGAAAAAAUUGAAUAUUAAGAAAUUGCUCAGCUCGAUUAAUGAAAAUAUCACCAAGCAUCCGAAUGAAAACACUUUUAAUAGCAUCGUGAAAAUUGGCGACUUCGGAUUGUCAGUCAGGUGUCCCUUUGACGAGUUCUACCCAUAUCGCGGGAUUCGGGGCAGCUAUGGGUUCAUCGCCCCCGAGUUGUUCCAAGAGUCCAACUUUAACAACAAAGUUGACAUGUGGGCACUGGGCAUAAUGAUCUACAUCCUUUUAGGAGGCUAUAGGCCUUUUUACCCCUGUUCUAGAUUUGAGGAAAAGGUAACGUUCCACGAACGAUACUGGUUUAAUAUAUCCUCGGAGGCAAAGAACUUUAUUCAGUCGCUCCUGCAGAUUAACCCGUCGAAACGGCUGAACGUGAUUGAGGCGAUCGACCACCCCUGGUAA